UCUAUCAAUCCUUGGGUGGAGUUUUUUCCCCCGUCUCCACAAGGCAACUAUUUGCCCGGGACACGAACGUGAACCUCCUCAAAUUGGCGCACUAAUCCUAAAAGGAGCCAUGAAGUGUUAAACGGUAGAAACGGAGAGAGCGGCGCUCAGAUACCCGCACGCUGGGAGAGAGGGAGGAAACAGCGCUGCUCCAAUGCGUCUGUGCAACACAGACUGAAGAGAGAGAGAGAAAAAAAAACUUAUCGACUCACAAAACCUGAACCUGCGCUGCGCAAUUAGUGCGAGAAAAUUCACUUUUUCCUCCGGUUUUGAAGAAAAUAAAUAAAGAAAUCAAGCUGGCUCAGUGCGUGUCUCAGCAGCCCACUUUGACAGGUGCUCCUCACCCCCUUUGGAGGACUGUCAACAGCAAGAGGAUGGCAUCAGAGCUGGCAAUGAGCAACUCCGACCUGCCCACCAGUCCCCUGGCCAUGGAAUAUGUUAAUGACUUCGAUCUGAUGAAGUUUGAAGUGAAAAAGGAGCCGGUGGAGCCCGAUCGCAGCAUCAACCAGUGCAGCCGCCUGGUCGCCGGGGGAUCCCUAUCUUCCACCCCGAUGAGCACGCCUUGCAGCUCGGUUCCCCCUUCUCCAAGCUUCUCGGCGCCCAGUCCGGGAUCAGGGAGCGAACAGAAGGCGCACUUGGAGGAUUUCUACUGGAUGACCGGGUACCAACAGCAGUUGAACCCCGAAGCUCUGGGUUUUAGCCCGGAGGACGCCGUAGAGGCGCUGAUCAGCAGCAGUCAUCAGCUCCAGACCUUCGAUGGCUAUGCCAGAGGGCAGCAGUUCGGCGGCGCAGCCGGCGCGGGGGGCGCAAUGGCCGGGGAGGAGAUGGGAUCAGCGGCCGCAGUGGUGUCCGCGGUUAUCGCUGCAGCCGCAGCUCAGAACGGGGCUCCCCACCACCACCACCAUCAUCACCACCACCACCACACAGGGGCACACCACCCCUCCUCCGGGUCUCAGUCCAGCGGCGGCCCGGGGGGAAACCACCAACACCUGCGCUUGGAAGACCGGUUCACGGACGAGCAGCUGGUGACCAUGUCGGUGCGGGAACUGAACCGGCAGCUGCGGGGGGUCAGCAAGGAAGAGGUGAUCCGUCUGAAACAGAAGAGGAGGACGCUAAAGAACAGAGGCUAUGCCCAGUCCUGUCGGUACAAGCGGGUCCAGCAGCGGCACGUUCUGGAGGGAGAGAAGACGCAACUCAUGCAGCAGGUGGACCACCUCAAGCAGGAGAUCUCCCGGCUGGCCAGGGAGAGGGACGCCUACAAGGAGAAAUACGAGAAGCUGAUCAGCACCGGCUUCAGAGAAAACGGAGGAUCCAGCAGCGACAACAACCCUUCUUCCCCGGAGUUUUUCAUACACUGCAUAAACUUACCAUCCUGCUGCGACCCAUCGCAUAGCCUUCCUCCUGCGCCUCAUCCAUCCUGUUCCCUUUAAACCCAUAUUUGUUUUGUGAAUUAAAACAAAGAACUUUUCAGACUCAACAGCUUUAUUUGAUGUGAUUUUGAUUUUGUUUGGUUGUUUAAAGUCACUCUGUUUUAAUAUGCUUUACUUCAUUUCAUGUCAUUCAUCCUGUCUGGUGAAAAAUAUCCAAACUGCGCCAAAGUUUGGAGAGACUUGUGUGAGUUAAAUGAAGCCAUGCAUGCUGGUCAUGUACGGAUUGUUUGUUUGUUUUUUCUUCUUUUUCUGUUUUUGUUUUUUUGUUUUUUUAUUCUACCUUUUUGUGAACUUGUGUAUAAUUGUAUUAUACCGUGACUGCAUUGCUCAGUUUCACUAUCAUUUUGAUUUUUUUUAAUAUGUAAAACAAGUGAACAGGGCUAUUUAUGCGCCUCUUUUCUUUAAUGAAAGUUCACCGCGUUUUCGACCCUUUCAACAUUUUAUUGGCUUCUUUUGGAGCCUUGUGUGUGGGGGGGGGAGUGAAAGGGGACUUCAUGUAAAGCAACAAUGUGCUCAGUAUUGAUUUUUUCUGUUAGGCAAUAUGGCAUCAAGAUGAGCAGCAUCUGCAUAUUUAUUAUAAACAAUAAUUAUAACAUUUCCAACACUAGCACUAAAAUUAUUGCGAUCAACAAGUGGAGCUGAAGAUAAAAACAAAGCAGAUUUCCUGAAAAUAUGUGGAGGACGAGCUACUUUAUGCAACAAAUGAUCUUUGUCUUGUAGAAGUUCACUGUUCAUGUGUUUUCCUUUCAUUUAAGGAGGCUGAUUAAGUUCACUCGGAGCCCUAUGGGUCUUUUUUCCUCUUUAUUUUCUGAUAAACACACUGUGAACUGUUUGGAAAUUGAAGUUUAAGGUUCCCCCGGUGUUGCAGAAUAUUUAAGGAAAAGCAUCAAGCAGCCAUUCGUCUUUUUGUGACGCCCUGAUUAUCUGUUCUGUUAGAAACUGAACAGGACAGGUAAAAGGCACACGCCCUGUUCACUUUAAAAAGCUGAAUCUAAUGUUACCAUUCGUCAAUAAACCUCCAUGAAUGGAAACAAAUGCA